ACGGCAAGGCGGGCGGGUGAACUCAAUACCUCAAGGCAGGAAAUAGUUUGUUUGCUAGCCAACAUGACGGGGUCGUGUUUACCGUGAGUUAGGGGGCUUUAAGUCAUUAUGGCUGCGGCUGAUAUGUCCACCGUGCUGAACAUUCUCCGGUCUCUGUAUCGGCACAUACAGACGCUGGAGGAGUUCGCUGACAGCAUCGAGUUCAAGGAAGGAAAGAAGCCGGUUCUGGUUGAGCAGUCAGACUCGAACCGCUUCAAAACGUUUGUCAGAGGAGUGUUUGUGUGCUUUGAUAAGGAGCUACAACAGAGUCCCAGCUGCAGCGAGAUUUGCACUCUACCGGAACUCCUGGCUUUUGUUCUCAACACCAUGAAAAGGAAAAGAAGAAGAAACGUCCUGGCCCAUGGCUACAACCUGCUGGCCCUGCCGCAGGAGGAUCGGGACGCAGACCACUUUAAAUUCCAAGGAGACGUGACCCAAAGUGCCGCCUAUGUUCACGGCAGUGACCUGUGGAAGAAAGUCACCUUGCGCCUGGGCACAGACAUCACACGAUACCUGCUGGAGAGCUGCUCCGUAUUCGUGGCAGUGCCUCCUUCAUGCGUUUUCCAGGUGUGCGGCGUCCCGGCGUAUGACAGGGUGUCCACGAGCCCACCCUCGAGUGGGUUUCAUCUUCAGCUUCGACUUACGGGGCGCAGUUUGUCUCACUUUGGAAGAGAUAAAAGGUCACUGCGCUUUAGGGGAAGACAAAAGGUUGAGAAUCUGGCUCAAAGCCAGAUUAGGAGAAGAAGAAAGGAAAAAGGGAACAAGAGAAAAAGAAAGAGGGGACUCGAUCAGCUGGAGGAGGAGAUGGGAACUUCCUCAGGAAAGAGGAGACGGUUAGCAAACACAGAAAGCAAUCAGGAGCAAACGGUUGAGGAAAGACAGACUAGGUUUGUGGAACCAGCAACGUCUAGGAGGAAUGUGGAAAAUGGGACGACUGGUUUCAAACAGACAAUUGAGAUGCCAACAACGGAGGGUGGUCCCAGUUGGCGGUCAGGGGCUUUUCCUCCUUUGCCGCCCUCACAAUGUUUUAUCCGCACGCUGGGAUUCCUGUACGGCGGCAGAGGCCUGCACAGCUUCCUUCUCAACAGGAAGAAAAAAAGCGUCGAUGGAUCCAGAAGGUUACAAGGGAAAGACUUGAUACGAGUCGUCUUCUUCGAGGGCUUGAUGUAUUUGAACGGUUCAGAGAGGAAACCGAAAAAGCUUCCCCAGAGGUUCUUCAACAUGGUUCCCCUCUUUAGUCGGCUGUUGCGGCAACACAAGAAAUGCCCUUACAGCAAGAUCCUGCAGAGGAUCUGCCCUUUGGUUGAAGAGCGUAACACGGGACCUGGAGAGCUAAGCUCCCUUCUACCUAAACAUUGUGCGCCCCAUCGGGUCUUCCUGUUCGUCAGAGAAUGCCUCUCUACUGUGAUUCCGCGAGAGAUGUGGGGCUCGGACCAUAACCGGGUUCAUUUCUUUGCCAAAGCCAGGAGUUUUCUCCACAGCGGCAAGUUUGAGAGGCUGUCGCUGGCUGAGCUGAUGUGGAACAUGAAGGUGAAUGACUGCGACUGGUUGAAGAUCAGUAAAACCGGCCGAAUCCCACCCAGCGAGCUUGCGUACCGGACGCAGAUCCUGGGUCAGUUCCUGACCUGGCUGCUGGACGGCUUUGUCGUGGGUCUCGUCCGCGCUUGUUUCUAUGCCACGGAGAGCGUGGGGCAGAAGAACGCCAUCAGGUUCUACCGACAGGAAGUCUGGACCAAACUUCAGGACUUGGCUUUCAAAGGUCACCUCUCCAAAGGUCAGAUGGAGGAGUUGUCCCCUGCUCAGGCAGCGUCUCUCCCCAAAGGCACCGUCAUCUCCCGACUUCGUUUCAUUCCCAAGUCAGACGGCAUGAGGCCUAUCACACGAGUUAUAGGAACGGAUCCCAAAACGAGGUUGUUCCAGGCUCGGGUGCGGGACUUGCUGGACGUGCUGAGGGCCUGCGUGCGCUCCACUCCAUCCCUCCUCGGCUCCACGGUGUGGGGGAUGACGGAUAUUCACAAGGUGCUGAGCUCUCUGGCACCAGCCCAGAAAGACCGACCGCAAACGCUCUACUUUGUCAAAGUGGAUGUGAGUGGAGCCUACGAGAGCCUGCCGCAUGGCAAACUCAUAGAGGUGAUUGGCCAGGCCUUGUGCCCCGUCCAGGAUGAGCUCUUCACCAUCCGCCGCUAUGCCAAGAUCUGGGCAGAUUCCCACGAGGGCCUGAAAAAGGCCUUUGUUAGACAGGCAGAUUUUCUGGAGGACAACAUGGGAUCCACCAACAUGAAGGGAUUUUUAAUGUCGUUGCAGAAGAAUGCAAAACUCCACCAUGCCAUCCUAGUAGAGCAACAUUUCUGCUCUGAUCUCCGAGGCAAAGAAGCUUCACAGUUCUUCACCCAAAUGCUAACAGGCAGCGUAGUUCAGUACGGAAAGAAGACGUACCACCAGUGCCGAGGGAUUCCUCAGGGAUCGGUCGUGUCCUGUCUGCUCUGUUGUUUGUGUUACGGCCACAUGGAGAACGUUCUAUUCAAAGACAUCAGUAAAAACAAAGGGUGUUUGAUGAGAUUAGUGGACGACUUCCUCCUUAUUACUCCAGACCAACAUCAAGCACAAACCUUUCUGAAGACCUUGCUGGCUGGAGUACCACAGUAUGGUCUAAUGGUCAACCCACAGAAGGUGGCAGUCAACUUCCAGCUACUGGGAAGCGUGGGCUCCUGUACGGAUAUUCGCAUGUUGCCUCCUCACUGUCUCUUCCCGUGGUGUGGGCUGCUGCUGGACACCCAGUCUCUGGACGUCUAUAAAGACUAUUCAAGCUAUGCCGGCCUCUCUCUACGAUACUCCCUCUCUCUGGGGUCUUUCCAUUCAGCUGGACACCAGAUGAAGAGGAAGCUGAUGGCCAUCCUGAGGCUCAAAUGUCAUCCCCUCUUCUUGGACUUGAAGACCAACUCCCUUGAAGCGGUCUACAGGAACAUCUACAAGCUGGUGGUGCUGCAUGCCUGCAGGUUUCAUGUGUGUGCACAGAGUUUGCCCUUUGGUCAAACAGUUGCUAAGAAUCCACUUUACUUCCUGCAGAUGAUCUGGGACAUGGCUCAGUACGCCAAUAAGCUCCUCAGGUCCAGCAACAAGGGACUAAUUUUAGGCUGUAAAGCCCAGACGGGCACCGUGCAGUACGAGGCGGUGGAGCUGCUUUUCUGUCUCAGCUUCCUGCUGGUGCUCUCCCAACACCGUCAGCUCUACAGGGACCUGCUGACGCAUCUACACAAACGGAAGCGCAGUCUGGAGCGACAGCUGGGGGAUUUGAGGCUGGCCAGGGUUCGUCAGGCCUCAAACCCCAGGACCCCCGUGGACUUCUUGGCCAUCCGAAUGUAAUCCGCAGCAGGAACUUUUUCACCCUGUGAAGCAGUCCCAGCAGGAACCUACUGACCCCGCAUGCGCUUUUGUGUUUUUUUUUUUUUUGU